AUGGAAGACCCGCGCAACGAAGUCCACGAUGUUGUCUAUGGAUUGGUCCGUGCCGAAAAUGCAGACAAGCAGCGUGAUGUUUUGCAGCGCUAUUACCUGCCGAGCGCAUCGUUUGACCACCCGAUGUGCUCUGUGACGCGCUCUCGCCACUCGCGUGAUGCCGGUGUUUUGCAGAUCUAUCAGUUCCUGCGCAUCCUCUUCAUGGACACUGAAAUCAAGAUUCAUUCGUCGUGCUUUGACGAGGAGAACAACCGUGUCUACCUCGAAGCCACGCAGCAUCUGCGCAGCUAUAUUCCCUUCGUACGCAAGUACCUGUAUGACAGAACUGCAAGACUUGUCGUCCUUUUGGAUCUUCGUAAGUUGGACGAUGGAAAGUACUACGUUUCGCGACAACAAGAUCUGUAUUCGAUCCAGGAGGAGGCGGAAACCAUCUUACCCGGCGGUUUCGACACUGUCAUCGUGAACAUCAAGGCGUUCGUUGGCCACCUUAUCAUGCUCCAAGUCGCAUUUUUUCAACUUCUUGGUAUUUGGACGGUGCGCAACUGA